UAUAAACGUAGUGCACGCUCAGCGAGGCCUCUUUCAUUCGGAUAGGAGACAAAAUGUCUCACCGCAAGUUUUCGGCUCCGCGCCACGGCUCUUUGGGCUUCUUGCCCCGCAAAAGAAGUCGUCGUCAUCGAGGUAAGGCCAAGAGCUUCCCCAAGGAUGACCCAAGCAAGCCCGUUCACCUGACCGCCUUCCUGGGUUACAAGGCCGGCAUGACACACAUUGUCCGUGAGGUGGACAGACCUGGCUCAAAGGUGAACAAGAAGGAAGUAGUUGAGGCUGUUACCAUUGUGGAGACUCCACCCAUGAUUGUUGUGGGAGUUGUGGGCUACGUGAACACCCCCCGCGGGCUGCGCUCCUUCAAGACAGUCUUUGCCGAGCACAUGAGUGACGAGUGCAAGCGACGCUUCUACAAGAACUGGUACAAGUCCAAGAAGAAGGCCUUCACCAAGUACAGCAAGAAGUGGCAGGAUGAGGAGGGCAAGAAGCAGCUAGAGAAGGACUUUGCUGCCAUGAAGAAGUACUGCGAGGUCAUCCGCAUCCUUGCUCACACGCAGAUGCGUCUGCUGCCUCUGAAGCAGAAGAAGUCCCACCUGAUGGAGGUGCAGCUCAACGGCGGCUCCAUCUCAGACAAGGUGGACUGGGCCCGUGAGAAGCUGGAGCAGGCUGUGCCUAUCAACACAGUCUUUACCCAGGACGAGAUGAUUGACGUCAUCGGGGUCACAAAGGGACAUGGCUACAAAGGCGUGACCAGCCGUUGGCACACAAAGAAGCUCCCUCGGAAGACCCAUCGUGGUCUGCGUAAGGUGGCCUGCAUUGGUGCCUGGCAUCCUGCCCGUGUGGCCUUCUCUGUGGCCCGCGCUGGUCAGAAGGGAUACCACCACCGCACUGAGAUCAACAAAAAGAUCUACAAGAUUGGUCAGGGCUACCACCAGAAGGAUGGCAAGCUGGUGAAGAACAAUGCUUCCACGGAGUACGAUCUGUCAAACAAGAGCAUCAACCCUCUGGGUGGAUUUGUCCACUACGGAGAAGUUACCAAUGACUUUGUCAUGGUGAAGGGAUGCGUGGUAGGAACCAAGAAGAGGGUUCUGACCCUGCGUAAGUCUCUGCUGGUACAGUCCAGCCGUCGCGCCUUGGAGAAGAUCGACCUCAAGUUCAUCGACACCACCUCCAAGUUUGGUCAUGGCCGCUUCCAGACAGUGGAGGAGAAGAAGGCGUUCAUGGGACCACUCAAGAAGGACCGCAUUUCCAAGGAAGAGACUGCCUGAAGUCUGCAAACAAGAGCUCUGUACUUGUCCUUUUCUGCAGAUUUAAUAAAAAUACAAAACACA